AUGUUGUGUGUGGUUAUCAGUACAUCACGUAUUCAUUCAUGGGUAUCUACUGCAUUAAGUCAUAAGGUUCAAGAGCUCGACCUUUCCCUACCUGCUGAAUCAGUUUACAUGUUCCCCAAUACUCUUUUUAGUGCUGAAUCACUCAGCACAUUGAAAUUAAAGACGUAUUCAAAGCUGGAGGUUCCUAGUCUCAUACACUUCCCCAACCUUAAGACCUUGCACCUUGCAGUUGAAUUUCCAGAUGAUCGAUCUGCCCAACAAAUCUUCUCAGGUUGUCCAGUUCUCCAAGAGUUGCAUUUAAUAAACUGCAACUGGAAGCGUACUAAGAGAGUCACCAUUUAUAUUCCCACUCUAAGACAAUUUAGUAUAAUUGAAGAUGCCUGUCCUGAUGAUUACCCCUUUACAGAUCGAUUUAAUACUCUCCUUUAUUGCGAGAUCCUGAUUUAUGCUGAAAAUCUUCAGUAUAUUGAUUGCACGAGUUUUUUGACUGUUGAAGUAUCUUUGUGCAACUUAUCUUCAAUAGUCAAGGCAGAAAUUUGGUUUGAUGACAUGUACGAAAUGCAAGACAUUUGUAUUCCACGAGCCUUGAGAAUAUUUGAUGCGAUUUGCAGUGUUAAAUCUCUUAUUUUAUGGGAUGAAACUGUUGAGUUUUUAUCGGGAGAAGAUAAUCUAGAAGCUCGUCUACCUAUUUUUCACAACUUGACUCAUUUGGAGGUGAGACGGCCAUCGUUUUAUAAUGAUGCAAGUAUAGUGUUGACACAUUUUCUUCAUAAAUGUCCUAAAGUAGAAUCUCUUCAUAUUCCAGAGACAUUUUACAUGGCAAGAAAAGGUUGGGUAUUGGAUAUUGCACCACAGUAUUUGAGGUGUUUCCUCAAAACUGCCAUUGAUCUCAUGUUCUGGUGGGGAGGAGGAAGACUUAAAGUUACAAUCUUUUGUUCAAAAGACUUGGCUGUAGAUUUGGAGAAGCAGAAGGAGAUCAACCAUCAAUUACAAGUAAUUCGCAAAGGAAAAGCGAAUGUUGGAGUUGAGUUUCGUGAGCGCAAGCGCAGAUUUCAUAAUUUUGGCUGA